UAUUCUGUUUACUCUGUGGUUAAAAAUAAAAACAAUGAUACCAACUUUUCAAUAUCCCGCCGCAACGCAAAAUACGAUAAAUUUAUUACAGAAUUAAUAAAUGAAAAAGGUGUGAUAUUUAAAUUAUGACGGAGUUAUACAGUUAUAAACGGUAUGAGAAAUCAUUGGGGCUACUUACUACAAGAUUUGUGUCGCUUCUUCAAAAGGCAAAAGAUGGUGUUUUGGAUUUAAAAGUCGCCACUGAUUUACUAGCUGUUAGGCAAAAAAGAAGAAUAUACGAUAUAACAAAUGUUUUAGAAGGAAUUGGUCUAAUUGAGAAGCGUAGUAAAAACAGUAUACAAUGGAAAGGAGCAAGCCCCGAUUGUAAUACAACAGAGAUUGGCACGAGGGUGAUCAGAUUAAGAAAAGAAAUAAAUAUGCUAGAUGAACACGAGCAAUUAUUAGACAAACAAAUGCAUUGGAUAGAGCAAAGUAUUAAGAAUGUGAUAGACAAUACAGACAAUGAAACAUUGACAUAUGUGACAGAAAAUGAUAUUAAGGAGUGUUUUGAGGAUGACCAAAUUUUUGUUUUGGAAGCACCCCUUGGAGCUGAUCUGGCUGUUGGACAUUUAUCUAGCAAAGAACCAGGAAAGGAUCAUAAAUAUUUUUUACAUGUUAAAUCAUCCAAUCCUGUGGGAGUGAUUUUAUUGUGUGAUGUAGAAAAAGAACCGGUAAUUGAAGAUGAAGAUAUGGAUGAAGAAGUUCAAAGUUAUACAGAUGGAGCUGAAAGUAUACUGAAAUGCCCCAAUUAUCUCCUAAGAUUAAGUCCACCAGUUACGAAGCAAGAUUUUUCGUUUUCAUUGCGUGGGUCAGAAGGUUUGUGCGAUCUCUUUGAUAUUCCUUGUUAGACAUAAAGAAAUCAUGUUUAUUUUUGACAUACAUUUUAUAUUAUAUUAGAGACAUUUUUACAUUAUUUUUGAUCAAAUCAAGUUCAUUUACUUUUUUCCAGUUUUGAUAUUGUAAAUAAAUGUUGUAUAUAAUAAAUACAAAAAGAUUAAUCAAAUCUUGUAUAGAAUAAUACUUAUAAGAGGACUUAAGGAGUUGUACUAAAUCAAAAUGAAUAAAUUUUUUAAUUAAAAA